UACUACUGUCAUAAGUCAUUUUCGUAUUUCAAUUGUCAAUAAAAAACGAAAAUGUCGGAGGCCUAUCAAUUGGCCAAAAAACAAGAUUUGCCUCCGCCAGGAGGCUACAAACCUAUUCCAUUUAAGAGGCUACCAGCUAAACAAUAUUUCAGUGGAUACACUUUAUUCGCAGCAUUCGUAGGCGUUACAUCCUUCGGUUUAUACUUGUACAGCAUAACAGCUAAGAAAAUCCUUAAACAUGACAUUGAAAUGCGCUCAGCAAAACUGGCAGUGUACCCGAUGUUAUUGGCGGAGCGCGAUCGUGAAUACUUGAAGCAGCUCCGCAGAAACCGCGAUGCGGAGGCUGAACUCAUGAAGGAUGUUCCUGGAUGGGAGGUGGGCACCUACUAUGGAGAGCCCGUGUACAAGAAUCUACCCAAAGACACCCUCGUGGAUCCCAUCUUCCAUGAAUACUAUGUUCACAGCUCUCCCUCCAACUGGUUUAAGAGGGCAUACGCUGCGCUGCGCUCUUAAUACUCCUCUGAGCUUAGUCCAGUCAGUACAGCUUUCUUGUUUCUGCUGAUUGGUUAGAAGUGAUUUUUAUGUUCUUAAAUUAAUUAAUAGUUAGUGCUGGACUCUUAAUAAAUUGUAAAUUAAU